GGCUGGCGACUCAUCCUCCCUUCAUCCAAGAGGUAGGAGGGAGAGGCAAGCAGCCGGUUCUGUGGCUCACGCCACUCAGGAGAUAACACGGGAAUGGGCACUUUCUUGUCUCUUUUUCCUAUAAUGACAGUAAUAUAUGCCCUUUAUAAAAAAUUCAAACAGGAAAAAAAUAGCAUAGGCAGUGAUAGUUCCCUGCAGCCUCACCCCCCAGAGAUAACCACUACCAGCGCUGUGGCGUGUGGAGCGUGACCAGCUCAGGCUGAGGGCCCCUGACCUUCACACCCCAGCAAAGGCUGUCUGCUUACUGAUUCUGGUUACAGAGGGUUUGGGGCUGGAGACCCUACACUUCUUUCUUGCCCUGACCCCACCAGGAUCUUCCUGGGCUAAAUGGGGCCUAGUCCAAAAGGGGAAAGUGACUAGGGCUUAGCCUUUUAAGAGUUGAAGGGUCAGGCCCACGGUGAGCAUUAGAUCGGGAAGGUAGGUAUAUGAAGAUGAUGACGCUUGCUGAUCUUUCUUUCUAGUAAACCUCCUCUUCUGCCUCUAGACUCAUUCUCACACACAUCUCUUCAGUCUGUCAGUCUCUUUCAGCUCCUGGCCCCACGCUUCCCCUCCCUGCCCUUGCUUAUUUUAAGAACAGGGAGAUGGGUACACACUCUUCGAGCAUGGCCCUGCAUCCCUUUCUUGUGCCACCGUCUGUCCUGACCCAGCCUGCCCAGGGGGUGGUCUCAGUUUAGGAAGGAAAACCCUCAGUCCAGGCUCACUCUGCUCAGGCCGUCUAGUGGGUCACCAAGGAAAGGCCAGGUGCACAGCCAUGAUGGGCACACAGGGGUUUAGUCAUGACUGACUCUUCCAAAGGGAUGCAAUUGAAGGUGCCCCUGGGGAGAUCCUUUUUUUUUUAAGUUGCAACAUUAAAAACCACCACCAUCACCACUGCCAGGCCCUUAACAAUGAUGUCCUUCUGGAUAUUUGGGACUUUUCAUACAGAAGAUCCCCCCACUUCCAACCCUUUUAUGCCAUGAGAUACUCAGGGAGCUGUGCUGUGGAGUUGGCAGGUCUCAGGUGGUACAAGCUGCACUCCAAGCCCGGCAAGAAGGAGAAGGAACGUGGGGAGAUCCAAGUCACCAUCCAGUUCACUCGCAACACCUUGAGCGCCAGCAUGUUUGACCUGUCUGUGAAGGAUAAGCCAAGGUCCCCCUUCAGCAAGAUCAAGGACAAGAUGAAGGGCAAGAAGAAGUUUGAGCUGGAAUCCGCCUCUGCCAUCCUCCCAAGCAGCGCCCUGGAGGACCCUGAGCUGGGCAACCUGAGCAAGAUGGGCAAAGCCAAAGGCUUCUUCCUCCGCAACAAGCUGCGCAAGUCGUCCCUGACCCAGUCCAGCACCUCGCUGGGCUCAGACAGUACCCUGUCCUCCACCAGCGGGAGCCUGGCCUACCAGGGCCCUGGCGCCGAGCUCCUCACCCGCUCGCCAAGCCGCACCAGCUGGCUCUCCACUGAAGGGGGCAGGGACUCUACACAGUCCCCCAAGCUGCUCACCCACAAAAGGACCCACAGCGAUGAGGCCAGCCAGAUGCUAGCGGCUCCUCCCCGGGCCCUUGUCGACCUUCAGGGCCACGUCGAAACCUCCUCCCGCUCUUCUCUCUGCGUCAACGGGAGCCACAUUUACAAUGAGGAGCCCCAGGGCCCCUUGCGGCACCGCAGCUCCAUCUCAGGCCCGUUCCCACCCUCCAGCUCCCUGCAUUGCGUCUCUUCCCGGCCCUCUGAGGAGGGGCCUCGGUCUGCAGAUGACUCCUGGGGCAGAGGCAGCUGCAGCACCGUCGGCUCAGAGCUGGUGCCUGGACAGGAGGGGCUGAGCUCUCAGGCCAAAGCGUUGGCCACUGGAGCCAGCUGCCCCACAGAGGAGGAGGGGACUCGGCUCCCAGAUGGGAAGCCAGUGCAGGUCGCCAUGCCCAUGGUGGCCUCCUCUGAGGCCCUGGCAGAGAAGGAGGGAGCCCGGAAGGAGGAGCGGAAGCCCCGGAUGGGCCUCUUCCACCAUCACCACCAGGGGCUGAGUCGGAGUGAGUCGGGGCGCCGCAGCUCCCUGGGGGAGAAAGGGGGUCCCACCCUGGGGGCCUCCCCCCACCACUUGUCCAGCGGGGAGGAAAAGGCCAAGAGUAGCUGGUUUGGCUUGAGAGAAGCCAAGGAACCAAAUCAGAAGCCCAGUGCCUCGAGGGCCAGCCCCACCCCCCUGGCCUCCCCUGGGAAAGCCCCGCCUGAGUGGGACGACGCCUUCAACGUCUUUACAGCCAGCAGGCUGCAUCCAGAGGCCAGGAGCGAGAUCUUGGCCCCUGCAGGAGUGGGGCUGGAGGCGACUGGGCUGCAAGACCCAGGCCCUGGAGCCAUGACAGUGAAGGCAGCUGAGCCCCAGGGGGGGCCUGGGGGAGGAGGAAGAGGUGGGAGCAGCAUGUGGCUGGAGCCCAGGGUUCCUUUGGACUCGGGACUGGACUGCCAGAGCACGAGUGCGGCCGACGCGGGGCCCCUCAGUUCAGUAGGGGCUGACCUGCCCUCCACGCCAGCCCAGCUGUACCCGAGAGCCUCAGACUCUGAAGUGGACAGGGAGCCGCCGGCCCCAGGAGAGGAAGCAGGGCAGAGUCCAGUGGACAGUGCGACAUCUCUGUUUAGCUCUCCAGAAGUGAUCAGUGUGUGGGAGAGGUUGCCUGGCCCAGAGGACGCCCCUGAAGGCCAGGACCAGGGGGUCUCCCAAGGCGAAAGCCAGCUUUUGCAUGAGCUCAAUACAGUUGGCGAUGCCUGGCCUUGGGAUGUGGUCACCAUUUCUCCUGCAGCUGAGAUGUCCUCACCAGUCCUUCCGGGAGAAUCUGAUGAACCGCCUCCUCCCCAGGUGCAGCCAGGGUCAUCAGAACCUGUGAGCCCCAAGGGCAGUGAGGGGCUCCCCCACCUGGAGCUGGAGCCGGGGCCCAAACCCAAGCUGCUGUUGGACAAGGGACUGCAGCCCAGCAGCCCACCUCCUAAGCCACCGCGCCUCUUCACACCCUCAGAUUCCAAGGAGGAGGAGGAGGAAAAGGCCAAAGGGCUGAGUGGCAGGGGGGCAGAGACAGGAGGAGAAGACACCUUCCCAAGUGUGCUGGCUGCUGGUCCCCAGGAGACCAAGGAGGAGGGCCGGAAGCCGGGGUGGCAGUCUGAUAGCUGUCCUUUCGGAGCCGCGCUGAGUGGGCCAGGCCUGGAAGACCUAGUGGAGGAUGCCAGCCCUCCUGCUUCUGGGUCCUACCUGUCUGUGCCCACCAGCUGCCCUGAGGGGCCUGCCCCCAUACCCUGUCACUCAGAGAGCUUGGCUCUUCAGAGUCAGCAGGCCCGGGGGACUCCAGAGAAGGGAGAAGGUCCUGAGACUCUGGAGGCCCAGAGCCAGGGGCCAGCAGGACAGGGGCUUGAGCUCCUGUCAGGCAGCUCCCAGCAGGCUGAUGCGUGGGCCUCGGAGGGGGAUGCCUCCUACCCCUUCUUGUUUCAGGGGAGCCAAGAUCCCCCCAGCCUCCUGUCCACAUCCCCACCAGGGUCCAGGGAAUCUUCUAUCUACUCUGGUCCAGAAGAACUACCCACCCCCCCAGAGCCUGCCUUCCCACCACCCCCUCUCCCAUCCUGGGCCAGCCACCACCACGGGGCACCCAGUCCACUGUGCUCUCCCCUGCCUGGAGCCCAGCCCCUGACCUCUUCCUCCCCACCUCCUGGGGAGCCAGCCACCCCCACUGGGAGCUCCCCUGCCCCACCUGGGGAGGAUCGCGCUGCAGCCACCCCAGCCUCCCCGCUUGUGCUUCUGCCCUUGGAGACACGACCAGCUGAGGAGCCACAGCCCAGCGCCAGUCCCCACCCUGUGAAGCCCCUCAGUGCUGCUCCUGUGGAGAACAGCCCGGACAGGAAGCAGCCCCGCUCCAGUCUGAGCACAGCCCUGAGCAGCGGGCUGGAGAAGCUCAAGACAGUUACAUCUGGCAGUGUUCAGCCUGUGGCUCUGGCUCCUCAUGUUGGCCAGGCCGUGGACACCAAAAGACUGAAGGACUCAGGUGUGCUGGACCAGUCAGCCAAGUACUACCACCUAACCCAUGAUGAACUCAUCAGCCUGCUACUGCAGCGGGAGCGGGAGCUGAGCCAGCGGGAGGAACACGUGCAGGAGCUGGAGAGCUACAUUGACCGGCUGCUGGUGCGGAUCAUGGAGACUUCACCCACACUGCUGCAGAUCCCCCCCGGCCCCCCUAAGUAGCCCUCCUCAUCCCCACCCCGGGAGGUCAGUGUGGACCCAUGGCUCAAACAGACUUGCGCCCUCUGUCCCUCCCAUCGAGCUGUCUUGCCUGGGGUGGGGUGCAGUCUGUCCUCUGCCCUCACUCCUUGCUCUCCUUCCCUCCUGCCUCAUCCAGGGCUGCUGGAAGGGGGGCCCUUUGGAGUCCCACUGGAGGCAUCAGGUUCCAUAUGCAACUUGUAUGUCUUUGGGAGCCCUAGGUCCUUCCCACCUACCUAUUUCCAUGUCCCUUAGCUUUGGGGGCUCUGGGGAACUGGAACAAAGAAUUUAGCCUUCAAGUCGAAGCAUAGGAGAGCUGCACUUUUAGGUGGUAUCUGGAACAUACUUAAUUACCCACAAGAAUGAUCAGCCGUUUCUUCCAUGGCUACACUCUUGCCCUCUUCGUCUCCUUCCAGCCCUGGAGGGCCCCUAGUAUUACUGGGGAUGAGGCAGGAACCAUGCCGCCCAUCUGUGCAUUUUUGACAACCUGGGCACCUACCAUUUAGCCUUGUGUAUGUUCCCCUGAGAGCAAGGAGCCCAAAUGGUCUAGUCUCCUCUUUGCCGUGUCCCAAGUCUGUCUGUCUCCAGCUGUUUGUGGAACAAAUGUGGUGUGGAUGGGGGGAGUGGUGUGCACUUGCCAGGCCCCUCCCUGCCCUCUUCUGACCUUUCCAUGAGUGUCCUGUGUGAAUGUGUGGAGAGCUGGGGUAGGUGGGGGAGAGUGCCUCCCCACGCACCCCAAGGGUAUGGGCCCCUCCAGCCUCAGGGCUUUGUGCUGCUUAUGUUUGGGGAUUAAGCCUCCAUCUCUGUUCUCUUUGCCUGUCCAGAUGCCAAAACUCCAAGCUGCUGGAGAGUUUGAAUUUUUGGAAACCAAUUAAAAUGUGCCUUUUGUGGGUGGGGUCAAGAGCCUGUUCAGUGUCCCUCCCUCCCUGUUCAGUGUCUGUCCCUCCCUCCCUGUUGGGCACAGGGGGGCUGGAUCUGUCAGGGCUCUGGAAUGGAAAAGGAGGAUGUGGGCAGCCUGCUGUGCCCUCUGCCCCUCCCCUAGAGUUAAUUUCAGUUAAGGGUCUAGCCAAGCUCAACUGGCCCCUUAACCUCCCUGCCAUCUUCUCUUCCCUCAACCCCAACUGAGGAGGAUCCUAGGAUUAAAUAAAAACCACAUUCUGGAAGUGGGAGGUCCCACUCCACCUGUACUUAGGAAAAAGGCUUUGUUGCCCUCCCAUCCAUCCACGAGCUUGUCCCUUCUGCCCCAUGGCCUUGCCUGGCUUGGCUGUAGUGCACUUUGAACCAAAGUGUCUGUCCUUUGGCCCAGCCCCUGGUUUGCUUGCAGAAAACAAGGCAGCUUCCGCACAGCAUCUGCAGGGAACCUUUGGUGGCUUGGGGCACCCUCCUUUUUUAGCAAAAGUUGUAGGGCUAUAAGCUGCUGAAGGAGGAUACUUUUGGCCCAAUGAGGAGGUGAGAGCUCCUCUGGGAUCACCUCUUCUCCAUGAGAGGCCUGUGGGGUCAUUCAGAAAGCCGCACAAGACAUCAUGUCUGUGUGCUGUUAUCUGCCAGGACGAAGCAGAGGAACCCCACAUAUGGGGCAAAGCCCCUGUAAUGUUAACCUACCUUAAGGUCCAUUAAAGCUGAGGAAAGUAUCCAUGGGGUUCUAGGACUUUGGGUAUACUUUUUGGGGGUCAUUGGGGAUUGGAUAGGUAUCUCUUCUCAGGGAAGGGGGUCACUCUACUUGGUAUUUCUCUGGGCUCUAAGCAGUCCCAGCCCUGACCCUGAUCUUCCACUUAUCAUCCUUGGUGGUGGCCUCCAAAAUGCUCAGAGCAGGGAUGUCCUCAGAAGAGGUUUGAGUUGAAGCCCAAGGUUCUUGUUAGAUGUUUUCUGCUCCUGGCCACAUGUUUGGAGGAGACGUAAGGUGGGACGGGCAGGAAGCAGGCACAGUUCUCCUUUGCUGUUUGUCUUCCUAGUUGUAACUCCUGUUUAUAAAGAGCUUGUUCUUAGUGUUUUGAACACUUCAUAAAGAAUAAAAUGUUCACAUACUG